AUGAAGACCAUCAAAUAUAAGAGUGGUAAUGGUCAUUCACCUAAGAUUACACAAAAUAUAUCCUGUUUGAUCAGACAAUUAGUUUACUAUAACUCAGCCAUGACAACUCAUCAACUUGCAAUCAAAAUUCAAGAAGCUUAUAGCAUAUCUAUUUCACAUACCAAUAUUUGGCAAUACAUAAAGAAGAAGGAAUACAAAAGUAUCAUACCAUUUGCUAUUCCAAUACUCACUA